CUGAAAUUUGUCUUCCAUCAGAGUAUACUACGCGAAGAGAAAAUGGAGGAGAGGAUGAAGGCAGAGGAGAAGAAAAUAGGGAUUAUAGAGGCGUGGUUGAGGAAGCACCGUCUACAGUUCACCGGAGCCACCAAGCACCCUUUUGUUCUCUCCAUUCGCGACGGCACCAUCGACAUGGCUUCCUUCAAGACAUGGCUGGCACAAGAUUACUUAUUUGUCAGAGCCUUAGUCCCAUUUGUGGCUAGUGUGCUGAUAAAAGCGUGGAAGGAAUCGGAUGACAGUUCAGAUAUGGAAGUAAUUUUGGGUGGAAUGGCCUCUCUGGAGAAUGAGAUAUCAUGGUUCAAAAGAGAAGCCUCCAAGUGGGAUGUUCCUCUUUCUGACGUCGCUCCUCAGCAAGCUAAUAUUAACUACUGCAGGUUCCUGGAGAAAUUGAUGAGACCAGAAAUGGAAUACACAGAGGUUAUAACAGCAUUAUGGACCAUAGAAGCAGUGUAUCAGGAGAGCUUUGCACACGUUCUUGAAGAAGGGUCUAAGGCACCACCAGAACUGAAGGAGACAUGUGAGAGGUGGGGAAAUGAGGGUUUUGGUCAGUAUUGCCAAUCUCUGCAAAAGAUUGCCACUCGGCGCUUGCAAAGGGCUUCAGAUGAUCUGCUCAAAAGAUCUGAACUUGCGUUGCUGACUGUUCUUGAGCUUGAAGUUGAGUUUUGGAAUAUGAGCCGUGUAAACGCCUAGAACUGUUGCACUUUCACAGAGACGACCCCUAUGUUUUCAAAUAAUAUAGUUACAUCCUGAUGCUUGGAACUAA